AUGAUUUAUGGUUGUGCGUUUGAAACGUCUGGCCAAGCUGAACCACAGUAUAUAUAUGCGUAUUUAAAAAGUGUUACAAAUGCUACCGACUUCCAAGCAACAAACGAUUCUCUACAAACAUCAAAGGCAUGUCUUAUCAACUCAACAUCAGCUUCUGAUGACAAAAUCCAAGGUUUAACAUCAAAUUGGUCGUGGUAUAUUUCUUUAGCACAGGCUGGAUUUGCACUUCCGGUUUUAAUGUUUGUAGGUCCAAUGGCAGAUAAAAUUGGACGAAAACCUCUUAUUCUUUGGAACGUUUUGUUAGUAUGUAUAUCACUUGCUUUAAAAACAACAAUUGUUUACAUGAAUUUACAUUUAUAUUUCUAUGUAAUUGCUUGUGGAAUUCUGGGUUUAUCUGGAAAUUUUUACGUAUUUCAUUUAGCCAAUAUUGCAAUUUUGGCAGAUUGCACAUCAGAAGGAAAAGAAAGAUCUUUCGUGCUUGUUAUUUAUGAAACACUCCUAGGACUCGGAACUGCUUGCUCUCAAGUAGCAACAGCAAUUGGUAUACUGAGGUUUCUGCCAAUAUCUAUGAUUAAAGCUGUACUAUCUCGUUUAGUAAGUAAAGACAAACAAGGUGUAUUGUUUUCGAAUGUGUACCUGAUGGAAGCUGUCUGUUCUCUUGGCGCUGCUACUUUGUUUAACAACAUUUAUGACCAGACAAUGUCGAUAUACAACGGAUUGGUAUUUUUUGUUAUGGCUGGUGUUUCAACAGUUGCAGUACUUUUCCUAAUAUACAUUUCCUGCACAAAUACACAGCAUAUACGUGAUGAAAUCAUCAUAGAAAAGCCUACAGACAACAUAGAAAACAGAGAUCUUACAAUAAAUUCAAAUGAACAGAAGAGCACAAGUAUGUAAGAUAAAGGAAUGGUCGUGAAACUUACCGAUGAUGCGUAAAUGAAGUGAUUAUGGUCUUAUUUAUUGUUGUUUUUCGUACUGUUGUGCGCGUGACUGUUACAGUGUAUCAAAUUUUGAAUGUAUAAUUAAUCUUGAGCAAAAAUAAAAAUCAACUAUCUUG